AAAAGACUUGCUUCGUGGAAAAGAUGGCGGAUUGAUGAAGAUUUUAAAAAAUAGUUUAGGAGAAUUAAAGCACGUUUAAAACUGACCCGCCGAAAAGAUUUGAAGAUUAAAGGUUUACAGCGUGGCUUAGAGCAGAUAUGCUUUUAGUUUUUUGGAAUUUUUAAAAUGCCAGAUUGCUGCAACGAUAUUCUCGCGACAUUGGAAAAGACGCAUAAAUCUGGAAGAAAAGAGUUCGACCGUGAAGAUCUUGGAAACCUUAUUGCUUUUAUUUUGACAUGGCCCCAGCGACAAUGUAAAUGCAUCUUCCGAGAAAAUGCCUAUCUUGUUGAGCUAAGAGAAGCUGUUAAACUGCUUAUCGAUGUUGCUGUGGAAUAUCUAAAGAAGCGUGUGAGAUCACUUAAGUUAAAAGCAGGGAAAGUUUGUGAACAGAGCAGUCAUUAUGAUGAAACGACAGACGAUGAAAACUGGAGUGAUGAUGAAGCAAUGAAAAUAUUUUUAUCCAUUGGGAAAGUGUUACAGAUAAAUUUUCCACUUUAUAAAGUUCACAAAAUAUAUGCUGGAGGACAAAUUCGAAUAGAAAAGAGUUUGACAAGCAAAUAUUGUGAUAUAAAUGAAGGUGAAAUAUCCGACAUUUUAUUGUACAACAUUGUUUUCUUCUGCGAAAAUCAUGGUCUCAAUUUGAUACAAGCAUGUUUUCGUGAUAUGGAACCAUCCAAUUUCCCACUUCCUUUGGCACAUAGUUUCAUCUCUGUUGUACAACAGCUUCGUGUUUGGUUUCAUGUCAAAGCAAUAGUUCAACACAUUAUGCCUUUGCGAUGUCCAGUGAUUAGGUAUCUCUGUAAAUUGACGGAUAAAGAACUGAGAUUAUCAGAGAGAAGAUUGAUGGCUGAUACAAUGUGGACAACUGUCAAAAGUCCACCACAGUAUAACCUAUUGUUUGACAGGGACAGCAUGGAAUUGGCAUUUCGCUAUUUUACAUCGUCCACAUUGACUGUAAGGUUGACUGGUCUCAAUCAAAUUACGAACCAAGUUCAUACUUUCAUCGAAAUUUUUCAUAGCGACACACAAGUGUCUGGGGAUGUCGACGAAAUGUGUGCUGGUCUUGCUUCGUGGUUGGUUGACAUGAAUAUCAUUGAACACUUGUUUGGACCCAACCUACAUGUCGAGUUGCUUAAACAAUCUCAAGUUAUUUUAAACUUUCUGGCGCAAGAGGCGAAAAUAACUAACGAGGAUUUGCAGUGUAUCUGGGCUGCUGCCCAGCUUAAACAUGCCAGUCGUUAUGUUCACGAUCUGCUCACGACACUUGCCAAAUAUCUCAACACCGAGUUAAUCCAAUAUCUUUUGGGACUGGUGUCAAGUUUACCUGUACCUUCACACAACAAACAGACGUUAUGUUUGGCUUUGGUUCUGACGAGAGUAGUGUGGAGUAAAGCUUUUAGUUCUCAAGCUGGUCGCAUGACCACACAAAAUAAUGAUACAUCUGGCACUCAUGUUGUUGGAGCGAACACAGCUGCUGCCGUGGUUGCGUCUCUUAACUCUAACUUAAUUCAAAGACGUCAUCUCACCAUUGGUAGUCCCAGUAGCACAAGUACAAUCAGUGAUGCGAGUCUUGACACAGCUCUUCCUGAAGCAAGCGAUUCCCAACAAGAAAUGGCUCCAGCAGUUAAACGAGAGUUCAGUGGCUCGACCAUCGUUUAUAGCCAAGAUGAGAAUGUAAAGGAAAUGUCCGGUAGCAGUACUAGUGAUAGUCACGAGUCAUUCACGUGCUCGGACCGAGCUGUCCUUGACGAUUUCGAUGAUGAAGAGUGCAGUGCGUGCAAACAUCACGAGGUUGUAACGAAUACAAAUGACGAAAGUAAGAAAGUUGAUUUGAGAUUAGAAGAUGUCUGUGUCGAAGGAAAUACUUUGUUGUGGGAUAUUGUUCAGUGGAAAAACGCCUGUCAACUUGAAGAUGGUUUACUACAAGAAGCUGAAAAACUGCUGUGUCAGUUGAUUUGUUGUGCUGGAGAUAAGAAGUUACGUCUUCAAUUUGUGAAAGGAUGUAUUGACAAUCUUGCUCGAAAUAUGUCAGUGGUGUUGUCGUUGAGCCUUCUUCCAAAAUUGUUCUGCUCCUUUCAACAAUUCAACGAGACAAGCACUUACGAAGUUGUCGACAACGCCAACAAGAAACUUAACAUGAUGAAAUUAUUUUUUGAGAACCUUGUUUACUACUGUCAACAAAGAACUAUUUCUCCUGAGAUGUUUUAUAAUCAUUACGAGGAGGUUCAAGCAAGACUACAAUUCCUAACUUCCGUUUACUCGACUGAGCUCUCGCCUUCUAAAUUCAGACUGACUUCUCAUCAAGUGGAUCUUUUAUGGUCAAGUUUGGUGGAGAAUGACGAAUGCUGUGACGAUACUCUCGAAUGGUUUGUUAAUCAAGCUCGAAAUAAAGACUUACAUGCUUUGGAUAUACCUACAUUCAAGUAUAUCUUCAAAGAAAAGAUGUCAGCAUUAAAACCUGAAACGGUUUCCAUGACCGGUUUGAACUUGUUUCAACAACUUUUUUCACUCUUUCUUCACGAAGAACAAAAUAAAUGCAAUAAGGUAGCUGGUAUGGAUCAGUUGUGGAGUAUUGCGUUGACAGCUGAAUCAAGUGAAGUCAGUCAAGCGGCGAUUACAUUUUUGAAUUCUUUCUACAUAAAUGACGAAAAGGGAAGUCUUCGACGAGAGAAAGAAUAUGUUCAUAAGUGCAUGGAGAGUUUGGAAAACGCUUCAAGAAAAUUUACCGAGAAUGUCGAUGUUAGUUUAAAAGUGAUGAAACGCGCUCUCACUUUGUUAAAGGAACAUCUCAAACUUUUUAAACAAAGGUUUGCGUACCAUUUAAAACUACGUUCCUUAGCUGGCCAAGGAAUUCAGCCACAUAAAUUGAAAGUUUAUAAUAACGAAAAAAUUUAUCCGAUUCGUGUGAUAUGUCAGCCUGCCGGAAGGACGGACAAGGCAACAUUUAAAAUGUCUUCUACUGAUUUGGUUGCCGAACUACGGGCUGAGGUCACCUACUGGUGUAAGAAAUUACAAGACAAACACGAUCAAAUGAGGAAGUGUGAAAACGAUCUAAUCAAACUUGGUCCGCCUGUCUACUCGUCUUUAGCAUCUUCGUUUUCAGGUGAACUACCUCCGUUUCGUUUGAUAUCACAAGGUCACGAAUUAACACCGGAAUUAGAUGAAAAAUCCCUGGGUGAAGUUGGUUUUAAAGAUCUUCAGCUGGUGUUUGUAUCAGUUGGUGCUGGCAGAAGAGAGUCUGGUAGCGAAAUACAUUUGCGUGGCUCCUCUCAACUUCCUGCUCCGAGUGAGGAGUCCAUACCGUUGUUCAUAAUGCAACAACAAGACAAUUUCAAUCAACUUUUUCAUCUGAUUCAAUUACUUCGAGAGUUUAUUUGCGAGGAGAGAAAGACAUCAAAUAUCGUUCAUCUAACGUCGUUUAGUAAACUUGAUGCCGACGAAAUUAACAACGAGAAUUACGAAAACGAAACAGUCAACUCCACAGUGAUUUAUGAUGAUUCGGCGACCCUUUCAAAGGUCCAAAAUUUAUCUCACAUGAUUUGGGAUCUGCUCAUGUUUUUGCCGACAAAUUUUUGUAUUCGCAAUAACCUGGAAACGUUUGGACUUCCUGAGGACUCUCAAGAGAUAACGAAUGUUGACUGGACUUUAUUACUCGAUCCAUCAUGUCCAAACAAACUGCUUUAUGCCUUGGAAAUAGUUCAUUCUCUUGCAAAGCGAUCUUUCGAAGAAGAUCUCUCGAAAGACGAUGAAAAAAAUGUUUUCAGUAGUGACUCCGAUAUGUCUGAUGAUGAGGAUCAAGCGGCUAAAACACCCCCCGUAUCACAACGGAAGUCCCGACAUGAACAGGAGGUGGAAAAGUCGCAUAUGUGGAGUCGACGCUUCGUCGAAUCAGGGGGUUUGGGUCACUUGCUUGACAUUUUCCUCAGUGGAUGUCUUUUGAUGCAGGACAAUCCGUCUUGGACUCAUUCUCAUCAGGAAUGUCUUGUGGCCCUGUUGAAUUUGAUAAAAAAAUUUGGAACACUCAAGUUGUGUGAAGAGGAUAUGGAGGAUAACGAAGAAUUAUUUGUAAUCACUUUGGGAUCGCCUGGACGUACGAGAAUGUCAACUGCAUAUAAAGAGUUCAGAAUAAGAAACAAAAGUACCGAUAAAGAUGAGAUUAUUGAAGUAGAUUGUUUAUCAAAGAAUACGAUACAAUUAAUAGACAAAAAGCGAUGUCUGGAAGCUAUCAUGACGUCAUUGUAUGAAUCUACGGUGACGUCACUUCGAGAUCCAAUAAAAUCGAAUCCUGUUCGAGCUGAAGCUCUUUACCAAGCUGUUCAAUUAUUGGUUUCCUGGACCCACACCGAUAACUCAGUCUUUAAUAGUUUAGUGAAUCAUCCCAAACUAAAACCAUGGUUACAACGUCUUGUUCUUUUAGCUCCCGAGCAUUCAGUUCGUUACGAAGCAAGUCGUGGUCUUUUUAAUUUGUGUCUAAUCAUUGUUUCUUUGCAUUCAGUUCGUUACGAAGCAAGUCGUGGUCUUUUUAAUUUGUGUCUAAUCAAAGAAAACUCCAAUGUUAAUAUGUUGCUUGAAGCAUUGCUCAAUUUUCUUCCACUUGCGAGAAAAAUGAAAUGUGUGAAAAUUCCUGGUACUCGAACUGUUGGUCCCAGUUCUCGCGAGUAUUUCAUUCUUCUAUUGAGGCUUGUCGACACAUUACCCUCAAAGAGAACUGAGAAAGAGGUUUUGCAAAGUAGUCUUGAUUCUUUGGCAUCUUAUCUUGCUGAGUCUAUAAUAUGUCAUGAAAGCCUCGAGAAAGGACGAAAUUCCUACGAAGACGAAACUUUAAGUGGAAUGCUUAAACUUUGUGCUGCAGUUGUGCGACAGAAUCCCUCAUUUAAGGAGUCAAACCAAAGCAUCCGAUUUCUCAAAAAUCUAUUCCAGCAAUGUUUGUUUGACUUGCCCAAAGAUUCGAACGAAAUUCAUGAUGUCCCAAAGUGUCGAUCGAAAGCAUCUCGCUUGGCUUCGUUUGAUCUAUUGCUUGAGCUGAGUCGUGAGUGCGAGAAGAACUUCACGGAGCUUCAGAGUUUACUUCUGGAACAUCAUUCACCAGAUGCAGAGACUGGUCACCAUGUUUCUCACGGUUGGCAUUAUUGGCCUCACGACAAUUGUCGAUCACCUUGUGGUCUCGCGGGUAUGAUCAACCUUGGUGCAACAUGUUAUAUGGCCUCAUGUAUGCAGCAAUUGUACAUGAUGCCUGAAGCAAGAGCGUCUAUUCUUAACGUCCAGCCAACUGGUGACCAGAAACUUGACACGUCAUUAAAAGAAAUGCAGAAAAUGUUUUGUUUUUUAAUGGAAAGUGAAAGAAAAGCGUACAACCCAAGAUCCUUCUGUAAGACUUACAUUAUGGAUAGAAAACCAUUGAAUACUGGAGAGCAAAAAGACAUGAAUGAGUUUUUUACAGAUCUUAUCACGAAACUUGAAGAUAUGUCACCAGAUAUGCGAGAACUGGUUCGAGAUUUAUUCUGUGGGGAAAUCAGCAACAAUGUUGUAUCAUUGGACUGUUCUCACGUCAGUCAAACCAAAGAGGAAUUCUUUUCUAUUCGUUGUACUGUUGCCGACAUGAAAGAUCUCUAUGAAUCGUUGGAUGAAGUGACGAUCAAAGACACUUUGGAAGGAGACAAUAUGUACACUUGUUCUCAAUGUGGUAAGAAAGUAAGAGCAGAAAAACGAGCUUGCUUUAAAGUUCUUCCUCGAAUUCUAUGUUUUAACACGAUGAGAUACACAUUCAAUAUGGUCACUAUGAUGAAAGAGAAAGUGAACACUCAUUUUUCAUUUCCACGUCAACUAAACAUGGCACCGUAUACGGAGGAAUACCUCAUGGGAGAGAAAAAAGAUCAAGAUCCAGAGAAAGAUACCACUUACAUUUACAACUUAAUUGGAGUUGUGGUGCAUACUGGGACGGCUGAAGGUGGACAUUAUUACAGUUUUAUAAGAGAUCGCACGUCUGGUCAGAAAGAUUGCUGGUUUUUGUUUAACGAUGCCGAAGUUAAACCGUUUGAUCCGCAACAGAUAGCGUCUGAAUGUUUUGGUGGAGAGAUGAUGACUAAGACAUACGAUGCAGUGACGGAGAAGUUUCUCGACUUUUCGUUCGAGAAGACCCACAGUGCUUAUAUGUUAUUUUACGAACGCGAGGAGACAACCCAUAGUAAAACAGAAUCGAACAUUGCAAAAAUGGACCCAGAACUGGCUUCUUGGAUAUGGAAAGACAACAUUCAAUUUAUACGAGAUCAACAGAUCUUUGACUUGACGUACUAUAAUUUCAUGUGGUUUUUAUGCAGUAGAGUAGCGUCUACGUUUACAGAUUCGUCGCAGACGACUCUAUCGAAUGUAAAACUUGCCACUUCUUUCCUACUGGAAACAUUUAUUCACUCAAAAGAAAAACCUGGUUUAAAAGGAUGGAGCGACUUGCUUAAUGUUCAUUUUGACAACAGUCGUGACGCCUGCGAAUGGUUUCUUAAUCAUAUGGCUGAGGACUCCUGGUGGUUGCAUCAGAUCUUCUUAAAGUGUCCUGUUCAAGCAACAAGACAGGUGUUUUCUCGGCUUUGCCUUCAUGUUAUUCAGAUUGUUCGACCGUACCAAGUGGCACUCUACUCUCAAAAAGAUGUUGAGAAAAGCGGACAAAAACCCGUCACAUCUUGUUCAGUGAGAAACUUCGUGCAAGCUGUUUUAAAAUUGCUGUCAACAAAUGUGAAAAAUAACAUGAAAAAUAUGAACGAACUAUUCUUGUUUCUUCAUCAAUUUUGUGAAUUUGGAAGUGAAGAGAGACGAUAUUUACUGUCUGUCAAUGUUAUUUCAACGCUGGUUGGUUUUUUCUUCAAACUCAAGUGUAAUGAUCCAACGGAGUCAAGCGAUGAAGAUGACGUCGAUGAUGAUGAUGACGACAUGGUUCCAAUCUUUCCUGAAGAAAAAUUCCGACCUUUUGCCCUGGAGAAGAUGGUGACAGUGAUAGCAUUUUUAUUGGAAGAAUCUAAUGGGCAACUGUCUGAAGUAGACGAGAAAUCAUUACUUGGUGGAAAGGAUUUCCCUUUCAUCUUCGAGAUUGUAAAGGACACGGUUAACUUAAAACAUACAGGAAAUCUUGUUUUCACACUAACUGUGCACAAUCAAGAGCUCGCUGAAAAGAUUAUUACAACAUUAAUGUCGUCAGUGAAGAGACUCACAAUCGAGCAAACUCAGCCAUUCUUUAAACUUCUCAAUCAUCUAACUGAACUCAGUCUCGGAUCACCUGGACCGUUCUCAUUUACACAGCUCAUCUUGGCAAGAAUUUGGGAGGCAGCAGAUUACAAUGCUUGUGUUUGCUUGGAAUGGUUACAGAAUGUCGUAUCAAAAAAUAAAAUGGCUCGACAUUUUGUUUUUGAUCAUAUGGAUCAAUGGGUGGAAAAAUUUCUUGUUGCAGACAACAACAUUAGAAUACGAAAUGACUCAGCUUAUCUUCUUGUGGCUCUUAUUCCUAACAAUGCAUUCAAACAAGGCUUUCGAACAAAGUCAUUUAUAACUGCGCAGAAAGAUCUCCAGCUCUCUCCUGACGCUGAAGCUGUCUUGAACAAGGUCUAUGUGACGCUGUUAAAUCUCAUGAGAAAAUUUAAAACUUAUGCUGAUCGAAGUCUUCAUGGCACGACAAAACUCACCAGUUAUUUUGCAAUCUUGAAUUACUGUCUUAUUUCAAACAAACAGAAGGAGUUGUUUACUCCAUAUUCUCUUCAUCUCUGGGAACUAUUUCAUCCGUUGAUGUCCGAACCAAACAUCUCAGUGUUCCCAAAUAAACAGGCGUUGUUGACAUUUUGGUUUCAUGUUUGCAAUGGUUGUGAAAGGAAUGUUGCUUUUAUUACUGGAACACAUUGUGUUGUUGAAAGUAUUCCCUACAAUUAUAUAUUAUCAAAUGAUGAUCCAGAGGUUAUAGCAUUCAACAGAAGCGUUCUUCCGGUGUAUUACGGUCUGUUACGACUUGGCUGCGAACAUUCUCCUCAUUUUUCUCGGGAACUCGCGAAACAUGCGAACAUGUCUUGGGCAUUUGAAUAUCUUACUACAAAAAUAAACCAAUAUCCUAAGGCCAUCGAGGAACUAUUCAACCUCAUGAGCUUUUUCUCUGGCAAUACACAAAAUUUGACCAAACCCUCGGAAAUUGCCGCAGCGGCGUCGUUUCGCGAAAAGACAAUUAAAAUGUAUAUGACAUCAUUAGACGGUGGAUCCCAGUGGACGACGCUUAUUUAUGCAUUGAAAAUCUUACUACAUACAGAAGAAGAUAAACUAGCCCUUAUAAAGAACAAUGGGUUGAUGUGCCUAGCAGAUGCAUUCACUACUCUACAUUUGAUGUAUCAUGAAGCGACUGCAUGUCAUGUUACUGGUGAUCUGAUUGAAGUGCUAUCUGUAAUACUUGAUAUUUUUAAUUGUUGUCGAUCAAACAUGAAUGCCCAAGACGUUAAAAGUUACAUUUUUGGUUGGACAGAAAGGAUAGACAUGGCGCAGAAGUUGCUGUCGCUUUUAAACUUUUAUACUCCUCGAGAUAUUCGCAACAGUUGUAUUGAUGUUCUCGUCACGCUAAUAUCGAUUUAUCAAGACGAUUGUAUUAUUUCACUUAUUCCUAUCGUCUAUCAAUCGCACAAAACUCGAAAAGAUAACCCAGACAAAAUUCCCCUAGGGCCUUUUUUCCCUCGACGUCAAGUGAAGAUUUCCAUCAGCAGUAAAUCGGCCAGACAAAUGGCAGUGCCAGAGUUAAAUAUGGCUCUACAUCGUACUUACAUCGAUUGUGUCAAGGGGACUGAUGUGACCUACGACAAAGAAUUGUCAGAGUUUUUUUCUCCGUAUCACCAGUUUGUUGAUAAACUUGUCCGUGCUGCUUUAACACGUGAUAAAUUCAAUGAAAACGCCGUAAAAUUGAGCUGUCUCUUGGCUAUGGAAGGCGCUCCGUUACAUUUCACGAUUUUUACCAAGUUGUGGUUGGAAACAUACAACAAAUCUCAAGAGCUGUCCAAAUAUAAAACAUUCUUGAAAGAACUCUGUCAACAAAAUGAAUUUAUCGAGUACGUCGAUCUCAUUUUGUUUGAAGAAAGAGCAUUAAUAAACGUCAGUCCUUCGUAUUCCUUUCUAUGCUGUAUUUUUCCCAGGAUCUGUUCACGUGUUGCCCACGAGCAAUGGAAUGCUCUUGUCAAUACAUUAGUGACGUCAGUGAUAGCCGAUCAGAAUCAGUUCGACUCGUUACAAGCAUCUCAAAUGGAGGAUCUCGCGCGACGUUUAACUGCUGACUUGCGCGUUUUAUCACUUCUCUUCACGGCAAACGCCCCGCAAAAAGAUGACGUCAGUGAUCUGCUUCUGCCGUGUUUAAGUAAACUUUUAGCAGUUUGUAAAAAACAUCAAAAAGUUAAACAGGAGAGACAGAGUGACCUGAGUGAAGGUGGGAAAUCAGACAGUGAAAAGAAUCGAGCCCAAGCUGACGAUGACGCCACUUUGCGACCUCCACCUUGUAAACGACAACGUAGCGAGGAGAGAAAGUUGAGCCCUGAAACGGGUGAAUCAAGUUCGAACAUUUCGAAAGAAAACGAAGAAAAAAUUGAGAUGACAAAAGAAAGGAAAAAUAAUUUGCCCUGUGCUAGCAAAACGAAAGCUCUGGGACAGUUAUUCAAGAGAGCAAAUCUUGAUUGGAUGGACACGUUAGCAAAAAUUAUUGAAUCUAUGAUGAAUAAACUACCUCAGUAAAAACAUGUGAUGUGGUCAUGUUGUACCACUGGUCAUGUAUACCACUUCACUUUUAAUUGUUCCAUCUCUUGCGGUUUGAACGGUCAUCCGGCGCGUGGACUGGGAAGGAUACUUAGAAAUGUACAAUUGAAUCGAUUAUUCAAACGGUAACGCUGUAAUUUAUUUAAAAUAUACGUUUUUGAGAGGUUUGAUGAUCAGUUUAUUGAAACAGAACUUCGUCAGAUUCAAUGAUAGAAUAAAAGUUUAUUAAAUUUUGAUCAUUGAUUUUA